AGGAGGGAAGAUUCAACCCUGACCCAAAGGACUCGAUUCCAGUCAUCUGAAUUGGAGAGAACUUUUUAGACUGCAGAUACUUUUGACUCUGCUUCACAGGAAGAUGACCAAUAUGUCAGAUAGAAGUGUGUUUGUUUUCUUCGUUGUAGCACAGGUUAUUACCCUGGUCUGGUCCCAGGUGUGUCCUCGUCGGUGCCCCUGCCCUAAAGAGCCCCCUCUGUGUCUCCCUGGGGUGCCUCUGAUCCUGGAUGACUGCGCCUGCUGCCUGGUCUGUGCUGCUCAGAAAGGCCAGGCUUGUUCUGAACUGAACCCCUGUGACACCCGCAGAGGGCUGCAGUGCGACUACUCAGCCGACGUCCACAGGAGGACGGGAGUCUGUGCCGUUCACCAGGGGAACGUGUGUGUUCUGGAUGGUUCUGUCUACCAGAACGGUCAGACCUUCUUCCCCAGCUGUAAAUACCAGUGCGUGUGCAGGGACGGCCAGAUCGGCUGUGUGCCGCGCUGCAACGUGGACGUCAUGCUGCCUGGACCUGACUGUCCGAUGCCCCGCAGGGUCCAGGUGCCCGGAGAGUGCUGCGAGAAGUGGGUCUGUGAGCCCCAGACUGAGGCCAGCGCUCUGGGGGGCUUCGCCAUGGCAGCAUAUCGCCAGGAGGAAACAGUGAGCUUUGACGGCUGGGAUCCCAGCCUGAACUGCAUCGAGCAGACCACCGAGUGGGGUGCCUGCUCUCGAACAUGUGGUAUGGGCGUCUCCACCAGGGUCACCAACAAGAACCAGCGGUGUGAGAUGGUGAAGCAGAGUCGGCUGUGCAUGAUCAGACCCUGUGAGCAGCUGCAGGACCAGCUCACACAGUUGGCACCAAAGAGAGGCAGUAAGUGCCAGAGGAUGGUGAGGAGUGACACAGCCGUCCACCUCUCCUACAAGAACUGCACCAGCGUCCAGGCCUACAAGCCUCGCUACUGUGGCUCCUGCACGGACGGCCGCUGCUGCACGCCGCACAGAACCAGAACCGCCCUGGUGGACCUCCAGUGCUCCAACGGAAAAACCGCCAGGAGGCCGGUGAUGGUGAUCCUGACCUGUGCCUGCCACAGUCACUGCCCUCGAGACAACGCGGUAUGGCCGCCGUCCGAGCUGGGAUACAGCGGCAUGAGAGUAUAGGACAACACUAGGAUAGGAUUCUAAACAGACUGUGUCUCUAGAACCAUAAAUGCCUGGAGCUGGGUUGAAAGACACUUCCCUUUACUCUAAACUAUGAGUUUCAUUAACUCUAAAAUGUUAAUUAAAACAACAUGAUCUAUAUGGUGCAAUAGUCCAAACUGUGCAGCAUAGAGGCCUUUAAUUUUCAACAUAAAGAAUCCAAAGUCAUUCUAGGAGCUGCAGUAAAAAGCUGCUUUUUUUUCUUUCUUUGACCUGGAUGACUGAAAAUUGACACUGACGUAGUUUAGAUUUAAUCCAUAAAACAAUAAUCCUCAUCUGAAGUCACAGAGAAUUAAAUAUGAAUAUUAAAUCCUGUGGACAAAUUAGUGUUACCUUCACUAAGCACAGUCAACGCACUUGUGACAUUUGAUUCUAUGCUUCUAGAGUUUAUACUGCAGUUCAUUCACAAUAGACUUUACUUUAAAACUGUUCAGAAGUCAAAUAGUAUGAAGGUACACUGUCAGGAGAAUCACGGCUGCCUUCAAACCUUCUCACUUGAUGGCAAAUCAGACAUUAUUUAGCAUUUUUUUUUAGACAAAGAGCAUGAAACCAGAGCAUCUUGUUCUGCAUAAAUUAAGAGGACGCAGGCUUCUGCAAUGUAAUGUCGCCAGUAGAUUAAAGAACUGCAGAGUAAAAAACAAAACAAGAACGAUAAUGGUGUAAUCAGCAGGAAAGUAGAAGUUACAAACAGAGGAGAUCAGCAACGUUUCAUUCACGCUGCUCUGGAAAUUUUCCAACUAUUGGACACAUUUUUGAAAUAACUGAACUGUGGACUUUGACGUGAUUCCAGACGAAGGCUCCUUCGACGAAACAGAGGUCACUGUGGUGUCUUAGUGUCAUUUCUAACAUCUGCCUGAAACCUCACCCUGACAUAAAUAAUGUUCCCAUCAAUAAAUGCAGAAAUUUUUUAGGUUUAGAAGGGCUGAUGUUUUUCCAUUUUUUGUUAAAGGUAGUGCACAUAACAGUUAUUUGUAAUGACAAAAGUUCUGUAAAUACUUGCUGUAUAGACUGAGUGUGUAUCAAAUACACAGCGUUAUUCGCUAAUAAUAUGAAUUGUAUAUAUUGGUUUGUGAUAUAAAUGUUGUCUACUUGAAUUAUGCUUCACUCUGCUGUUUCCUGUAUCUUUCUGCAAAACAAAACAUCGGAAAUAAAUGUGUAUUUUUUGAA